AGAAAAAAAAAUCCAUUGCACAGCCCUUUCUGGAAGGCAUUUACAUUAUUUCCCAUUCAAGCAUUAAAUUGAAUUUAUCCUUUCCCCCAAGGGUGCAUUUGGUCAUCCCGCUGUGCCACAGAGACACAACUGAGCUGUUGGGAAACCAAACAUAUGUGUUGUCCCUACUGUGAAGGUUUCCUCCCAUACAGCCUUUUCCUGUGCAUCCCAUUCUGCAUGGACGUGGAGUUUUGGGUUUGCGACUAGCUCCGUGCCCCUGAUUCACUCCAUCCUCUGGGAAUCUGCAAGCCAACAGCUGUGGGACAGGCACGGAUGACUUCAGAGACAAGCACGUGUCUGCAAAGCCUGCAGAGGGGAUCUUUUUGUGGAAUUUACUGACUGUUUCAUGUGUCAAUACGAGAGGAGUGUAAUUACCAGCUGAGAAACUGCAGAAAAUAAGCCAAGACUGAAUGGACGAAAUGGAAAAUAAAGAGAAGCGCAGAGGACACACACAUUUUAAAACAAUUACGGAGGUAUGUAUUCACAUGCUUGUGGGAGCCUGGGAAUACAUAAGAGAUCGUGACUGCAAAGGAAUGAAUUCACAGACUGGUCUAUGGGGAGUAUUUUUUUUCCCUGUGACUUCAAACUUCUCUCGGAGCUCACAGAGUUUUAGUCAGCUGGCAUGCGAUAGAGGUACGGCUUCCCUAAGUAAACUCUUCCUCGACUUGUCCUGGAAAAGCUGCGGGGAGAGUCUGUGAGACAGAAGGCUGCAAGCAGAGGUGAAUCCUGCUCCUCCUCCUCCUCCUCCAGCCACAGAGCAGAACCAUGAAACUGAACAUCAUCUUCUUGCUGGCCGUGGUGAACACAGGAACCUUUAACUAUCAUCCCAUAGAGGGGACACCCUGUGAAAUGGCAAAUUCACAGGCAUUUUGCCACAACAAAGACCUCCACCAAAUCCCUCACGAGCUCCAUCGGAAUGUAAACAAAAUAGAUCUGUCUGGAAACCUGAUUCAAAGCAUCCCUGAAAUACCAUUAUCAUUUUACACUUCCCUCCAGUAUCUGGAUUUAAGCUUCAACCAGAUAAGCUUCAUCACAUCUGGAGUGUUUGCACACAUGACAAGUUUGCUGGAAAUAAAUUUAGCCAAUAAUCAUUUACAUGAGCUUACUCAGAAUGGGACAGAGGGGAUUGGACUUUUGCCCAAGGUGGAAAUAAUGGACUUGUCCCACAACAAUCUUUACAGUGGGAUGGCUGAGUAUUUCAUUAAUCAAGCUCCAACACUGCAGUAUCUUUCCUUGGCAGACAACAGUAUUGUAAUGAUAUCACACAAGAUGUUUCGGGGAUCUCCCGGUCUUGUGGAGAUAGAUCUUCAGAGAAAUAUCAUCAUGGAAAUAGAAGAAGGUGCUUUUGACACUCUAGCAAACCUUUCCAAGCUGAAUCUCUCCACAAAUUCAAUUACUUGCAUCUCUGAUUUCAACCUCAGGCAGUUGGAGAUACUUGACCUUAGCAGGAAUAGCAUUGAAAUGUUCAGCAUCACAAAGUCAAAUGAGGAAUAUAGUUUAAGAUGUCUGGAUCUUAGUGAAAACAAAUUGCUUCACUUCCCAGCCUUGCCUCAGGUAAAUAAACUGGUAACUCUGAAUUUAUCAAAUAAUUUAAUCCAGCUCACUGCUGAAUCCCCUUAUAAUAAAAUGGACUACAUGGAUAAUGAAUGGAUAGAUGCUUCUUUUCAUCUUCUUGAUCAGAAACGAAGUAAAAAUACAAGUUCUCUUUAUUUAUCCCAGCUUGUAUAUUUAGACUUAAGUUAUAAUAAAAUCAAAUCCAUUCCAGAUGGGUUCUUCGAGUCAAUGUUGUCCCUUCACACCCUUAAUCUCAGCAAAAACUGUCUUGAGGCAUUUGCUAUAAAUGAUGAUAGUGCAUUGGUCUCCCUAACUGUCCUUGACUUGAGCUACAAUGCUUUGCAGAACCUUCUCCUCAAUGCUGGUGCUUUGCCAAAUUUGAGGGAGUUUCAUAUUCAAAACAACAACCUUCAGACCCUGCAAUUCGACAUAUUUUCCAGUCUUCCUAGUCUCAGUCUUCUUAACCUUCGGAGCAAUAACAUCAGCCUGUGCCACAUGUACUCGGGGUUAGCUAAGCAAAGACUUGCUGGAGAGGAAAGUGGCUGUGUGUCAUUUGUCAAUUCUCCUGCUCUCCAGUACUUGUACCUAGCAGACAACAUGCUGAACAUCCUACCAGCACGCACCUUCUACAAGACUCCACUGCUUGUCUUGGAUCUCUCCAUGAACCCUGGACUGAAAAUAGAACUUAAAGCUCUAGCAGGACUGGAAAAGUCUCUGGAAUACUUGCAUUUACAUGGCAAUAGACUGAUAGAUUUAAAUAUUGACUUGCCUUGUUUUAGUCACCUUAAACAUUUAAACCUCUCUGAAAAUCAGCUGAACUGGCUGCCUAAGUGGACUAGUGGCUCCCCACUGGAAGUUCUAGACCUACGGAACAAUAGGUUCAGUACCUUACAGGACAGCAAUAUUUUAGCAUUAGAAAAUUCACUUAAAAACUUGUAUCUCUCUGGGAACCCACUCAACUGCUGUGGAAACAUCUGGCUUUCAUCAAUGAUCCAGAACAAAAAUGUCCAGAUCCCAAACGUGGAGCACUUAACGUGCCAGUACAUUCGGAGCUUCGGGUAUUGGGAAGAAAUGCACAUUGAGAAUAUUAGACCAGAAGACUGUGAAAAAGAGGAUCUGAAGAAAAUCAACAUCAUCAUUAUAUUAACAUCUGUACUAGUUUUAUCUAUGAUCAUCAUUGGUGUGGGUUCAUUUUUUUGCUUCCGAAGGCAAAACUUUAUCCACCAGUUUAAAGCAUAGGAGCACAAAACACCCUGAAAACUGAAGAAAUGAGGUGCUAUCCUGGCACUGUGUAGAAAUGAAGGAUAAAAUUUUCAUCUUUGAGUUUCAACUGUGGAUUUUACAAUGGUUUUGAAGUGUCCCUGAACUGCACCACUGUAGUGGUCUGGGUUGCAGGAACCAGAAGGAGAAUUUGCUCUGUUUUGCACUUUCUUCAUUCACAUACAGAUCUAUUUAAAAGAUUACACAGUGUUAGAAGAAGCCAUUGGAAAGUUCUGCUGUUGUUUUGAGGGAUGUGUAAUGUAAACCAGCUUGAAAGAAAAAGACCUGUAAGGUCUUGAGACCUGAAACUUUUCACUGAGCUCAGAUGAUACCAUCAGCCAAUUAGGAAAUCCCUUCUCAAAGUUAUGUGCCUCCACAAAAUGUUUCAGUUUGGUCUGAGCUUUGCUUUUACCUAGCUGGUUAGCUCCCAACCCUUCUUAAACAGAAAUCAUACAAAGAUGUGCCAGAGUGGGUCAAAACACCAUCUUCACUCAGUGAAGUUGGUUGCAAAUUUCCCUCGAGUUCCAAAACAAUGAGAAUUUAGCUAAAAACAAACCAAACCAAACCCAAAUGGAAAUUAUAAGUAGUAUCCGUUGUGCUCCUGCCUACCAUUUAGACAGCUGACAAUGGAAACCAAUGACCAUGUGGUAGGAGUUUCUUUGGUUGUCUCAGUGUUUUUGUUAGGAUGUUGCUCCAGUCACUGGGGCAAGACAUGAGAGCUAGAUGAGGUCAAUUAGUUCUGGCACUUAGUAGCCACGAGGGAUUUAAAAGAAAUCUCAAGCAUGCUGAUAUGUUACCCAGAUCUGCUCAGAAGGUCACAGGUCCACAGUUUAACUAAAAGAGGAGAAAUUAGUCUCUCAUGUGCAAUACAUAUUUAACUGGGUAUAAUGUGAAGAAAUUAAUCUCUGGGGUGAAUACUUUGCAAUAGAAAAAUCUUGGAGAGGGAAUUUCAACCAGCUGGAAUUGGAGUGAAAUUCUUCCUUUCUAAGGAAAACUGUGGGAAAUUCACGGCAUACAGUUGCAUUUCAAUAUAAAAGAACAAUAUAUCUGUUUUUAAAGGUCAUGGAAGGUUAGACUGCAAGAAUAUACCAUUGUGAAAUGAUACACAGGGAACCUAGUCCUGUGCCAAUAUUCAGAUCAGAUGUUCACUGUGUCACCCUAAAAAGAUAUUAUUGCCAAGAGGACAGGCUGUGAGAAAAGUUAUGUAGAUUCUCAUUCUGUGAUGGGUUGAACACAGCUAAUAUGCUAUGUUGCUAAAAGUCAACAGUGACAUGUAUUUUGUUCCCUACCCUGACAGAAAAUUCACCCUUUUGAAGUGAAGAAAAGCUCACCAACAAUGGGAGCUUGACCUGCUAAUGGGGUGCAAUGGCUUCAAAAGUAACUAUAUCAGGUCUUCUGUUAAUGCCACGAAUUGUACAUUAAGGCAUAUAACAGAAAUAGAGGUCAAACCAAAACCUCUCCAGGUAAAUAACUCAGAGUGAAAUUGCUGCUUCAUUUCUGUUUCUUCAAGCUAGUGAAUAUAAAAAUUAACACACUACAAAAGGGUGUAUAAUUCUAUUUUUAAAGCAGCUAUGUAAGAAAGUGACUGAUGGAUUUCACUGUGGAAUUUUGUAUAAUAAAAACAUAGUUGAAUUUUUAAAAAA